AUGCUCCCGUGGGCGACGGCGGCGGAGGCCGAGGCGGCGCUGGGGCGCGCCAUGACGGCCGCGGAGGCGCUCUGGUUCCGGUGGACCGCGGAGGCGUCCGACUACUACCUCUACUGCCUCAACAUCCUCUUCCUCCUCGUCGUCUUCACGCUCGCGCCGCUCCCCGUCGCGCUCCUCGAGCUCCGCGCGCCGCGGGCCGUCGGGCCGUACAAGCUGCAGCCCCGGGUGCGGCUCUCGCGGGCCGAGUUCAUCAAGUGCUACGGCGACGUCAUGCGCAUCUUCUUCCUCGUCAUCGGCCCGCUCCAGCUCGUCUCCUACCCCGCCGUCAAGAUGGUGGGAAUCCACACCGGACUGCCUCUGCCGUCUCUGGGGGAGAUGGCGGCACAGCUGCUGGUCUACUUCCUGGUUGAGGACUACCUCAACUACUGGAUCCACCGGCUGCUGCACGGUGAGUGGGGCUAUGAGAAGAUCCACCGGAUCCACCAUGAGUACACCGCGCCCAUUGGCUUUGCCGCGCCAUACGCACAUUGGGCAGAGGUGCUCAUACUUGGCAUCCCCUCCUUCGCUGGGCCGGCCAUUGCACCAGGCCACAUGAUAACAUUCUGGCUCUGGAUUAUACUUCGUCAGAUGGAAGCCAUUGAUACACACAGCGGUUUUGAUUUCCCAUUCAGCCUGACAAAGUAUAUUCCAUUCUAUGGAGGAGCAGAAUACCAUGAUUAUCAUCACUACGUUGGAGGCCAAAGCCAGAGCAAUUUUGCUUCCGUUUUCACGUACUGUGAUUACCUAUAUGGGACCGACAGAGGUUACAGAUUCCACAAGGCUUACUUAGCAAAGUUGAAGGAUCUGGCACCAAGCAAUGGCAAGAAAGAAGGUGCUGACGGAUUCGCUUAUGCAAAGUUGGAUUAG